CAGCAAUUCCGAACUAAGAUUGCUUGAUCCUCGUCAUGGAACUUGACGAUUUAACCCCUGAAUCGACUUCUUUUCGUUACGCUAAUUGUCGACAGGGGUUUCGACUCUCGCGCUUGAGCAGAUGCAGCAUAAUAAUAUUCUUGGCAAUCCAUUUAGAAAAUAACUUUUCAUCUCGUGAAGCACGCGAUAUGUCUUACCGCAUAGAUUACCAUACUUGUGCUUCAUCAUUAUAGUCACAUGCAAACGGUUUUGUCGCCGCGUCGGCAACCAACAUGAUCAUCGCCUCCGACAACUAUGGACGAUCCUUGGGGUUCGCCUUGGGCGUCAUCAGAGACACCGUCCAAGAACGAUCUUACGACACCCUCACCCCCGAAGGACUUUCUAAGUCCGCCGCCGCGAGCCUUCUUCGGUAGUACGUCGAACCUCCAAAACCAAUCGCCAUGGGCGGACAACGGGAGCGGGUUCGGGGAUUGGGCGAGCGCGGAUACAGCAGAUAUCACGACGAACGCGCUUGAUUGGGGCGUCUGGGCGGAACCAUCACCUCAAAUUUCUCGUCAAUCGAGUCCAAGGCCCGAUGAAUCCAAACAAAGUGGUUCUCUUGCGAUACCGAGCAGUACCGCGACGUCACCAGGAUUGAGACCUCUACCGCGAUCGCGAUCUUCUUCCGUAUUCCGACAUCAUUCCCCCGACCCCUGGGCAAUAGAAGCACAAUUGCGCGAUAAGGACGCACCGACAACAUCUUGGAGUGGGUUAGAAGCCGCUGGCGCAGAUGCUCAACGCGAAACCGUGGAGGCAUCUGUGGCGACUUCGCAAACACAUGAUGAGAAGGGCGCAGAAACUCUCGAUUCAAUUACGGAUAACGUUCAAUCUAAAGAAGGAGGAGACAAUACAGAAGAUGCGCUGACUGUGCAAGAGCCGCCCCGGGAAUCCUAUGGCUCAAGACCUAAAUCGGCUCCAAAAGUCGAGAUACACGAUUCCCCAUCUCGGCCAUCAUCUACGUUCUCCAUCGAUAGCUCUAACGGAUUAGACCGUCAGGAUUCGCCAAUUACAUCAAUUGACGAGGAGCCCAAGUUACGCUUACAAACCCCGUCUCGAAAACCUUCAGGUAAAGUUCAAGAACUCGUGGGAAUGUAUGAUGACAUAGCAAAGGCCGCUACAGAAGAGCCAUCCCCAUCAACACGACUUAAGCCUUCCAGAAGUAGGAGUCGGGGACGAUCGCCGAGCCAAAACAGGGGCACAGACAUUGAGGGUGAUAUAGAUUUCGGAGAUUUUGAAGAUGCGAAGAGUGAAUAUGAUAGACUGACGCCAGAUAUACACGCUUCGGUGUCUUCUGGAAGCCCAUCUACACCAAAGGCUCAAGUUGGGGACACCUCCGUUCAGGAUGAGACAAGAGGGCCCACUAGCCCCGAAAAUGUGGCACCAGAAAUAGUCACAGUAUCGGUCCAGCAAAUCAUCGAGAAAUAUGGUCCUAUUCGGUUUGAUGUUGAUUAUACGCCUCUUGAUAAUCUCUUUCCAGACCUAGCUCAACAUGUGGACGACAACGUAGGGGAUGUUGGCGAGGUUUCUGACCGAAUCAUCGAGGACAACUUCUCGACAAUUUCAGAGCGCAAAACAUGGUAUCGAAUUUCCCGCUUUGGGUCGAUGCGUAAGCAUGACUCAGGAGAUGAGGAUAAUUACCAUAGGGUGGAGUGGGCGACAUCUCACCUACACGGAGAUACUAUUAAGAUUGUAAGACGAUGGAUGGAAGAAGACUCAAUCACCGGACGAGCCACGUUAGGAGCCGGCAAACGAACGGGUGUCUUUAAUUGGGAUUCUUCUGCAUCGCCUGUUGAUUUAGGAAAAGUUUUUGCUCGUAAAUCAGCUAUCACACAUUCACGAAAUAUUUCGAUGCCACUGCCGAAUCAAAGCUCGAAGGAGCCGAUGAAAUCCGCCGGCCCUGAUUCCGAAGCAAGGAGGUCGCUCAAUAACCCGGCCCGGCCCUCUAGCACGACUCUCGGGUCGCGACCAAGCGCCCUUCCUAGUUUCGGUUGGACCGCGGAUACGAAUAAGUCGCACCCUAUCUCGCAUCCCGUUUCCAGCAGUGGUAAAAUGGGCCCGCCAAUCGUAUCUAAAAAUGGGCAUACACCGGAGACCAUCAAGACCGAGAGUAGUACUCGUGUCGCGAUUCAAAAGCCUGCACAAUUGAAACAGACUAAAGACAGUGUAGAAGAUGAGGAUGAUGAAUGGGGCGAAAUGGUGUCCUCCCCUCAGCUAAAGGCUCAUCCUAUGCCUACACUCGCGACGCAAGUCGCAGAAAAGAGACACAGCGCCGGUUCAGCCAAAGUGGGCAUUGGAAAAGAUACGCCAAAUUCAGGUCCGAAAAAUAGCACGACAGUCCAAAGUAGCGAUUUGUCAUUUAAGCUCUCCGUUACCAUACCACAGAGCAGCCAAACCCCGAAGCAAGUGCCUAUCCAAGCAGAGGAAUCAAGCGAAAAGGCUCCAAGGGUAGAUCCUUGGCCUCUCGCAGAUUUUUCUAUAUUUGAGAACUUAUCCGCCCGGACACCGAAAUCGCCUAAACAGAAUCCAUGGCCACUUGCCGAUUUUUCUAUUUUUGAAUCACCAGCCUCGAAAUCAACUUCAACAAGUACGAAUUCGCGAAAGGCUAAACCAGAGCCAGUCCCGAAACAUCACGAGAACAGGCAUGUGCAAGUAAAGGCGGAUAGGGUAUCACAAAGUGGACCCCCACUGAAAGCUGUGCUUGGUCCGAUUCAGAAGUCAGAUACGGAACAAGAUCAAGAACAAAUUGUCAGGCGCAUUGUACAAAAUUUACCAGACUUAUCAUAUAUGCUACGUUAGGUUGCUAUGACCAGUAGUUCUUCAUGUACUUGGAUACCCUUAUGGAUUUAAUAAUAACGACAAUCAAUUGGAAGAGACGAGGUAGGGUGACUUUUGACGACUUUAGGGGUUAUAUCAGAGCGUCACAUUUGGAGUAAACAAAAAACGGUCACUUUCUUGGGUAGUAAAUAUCAUUACGGGCGUUUCAAGGUCUCGGGAUAAGAGAAGACCUUUCUGUACCAUUCAAUGUACAUUAUAUGGAUCACAACAUUCCAAAGCAGUUGAGAGGCGAGAAAAUGAACUAACGAUACGAAUUCAUCGGCAUACUAACUUGAGAUUUUCAAACUAAACCAACUAAAGCAUAGUC